AUGGCGCUCGCUUUGCGGACGCUGGAAGCCGAGGUGGGCCUCAGCAGGUUUCUGCCGGGAGCCCGGCUACAAGGAGUUCUUCGUCGCCGCUUCGUGCGAGACUUGCAGCGCCAUGAUGUCCUACAAAGCGGAGAGGUGCUGCAUCUCACCAGUUUGGGGCCUGGGCCUGCGAAGGCUCCUUUUCAGUGUGCCGUGUAUACCUGCGGCAGGGGCGACCUGAGAUCCCGCUUGGCAGAGGAGCUGCAUGUGCCCAGCGGCGCUUUUCGGAUGGGCCCACAGCUGCGAAUCCCUGGCGUUUCGGUGCAGCUAAUGACGCUCCCGAAAGGCCUGUCCGACAAGACACCAGAUGAAGUCUUGAAGAGUGGCAUGUUGAAAGGCCCGGAAUUCACGGUGGCACUGGGUCCUGCAGAUUUGGCCAUGCCUGCAGCUGGGAAGCUACGCUGUGCAGGGCACCGGUUUACCAUGGUUUUGCGUGGCUUGAGCCAGAAACAGCUGUCCACGGGUCUAGUGGAAGAGCGUUUGGAGGAGAUCCGCGAGAAUGGCUUUGUGAACUUCUUUGAGCUCAGCCACUUUGGACUCGCGGAGGUGAGACGCUUCGAAAUCGGCGCGGCUCUGUGGGGUGGACAUUGGGCGAAUGCUGCACACCUGCUGCUCACAGCCAACCGGGCCGAUGCCCUUCGCCCUGCCUCCAAGGCCUUUGCAGAGAAAGAUUAUGCAAAGGGAUUGGAGCUGCUACCCACGGGCAACAGCUGCAAGGGCUUGCGCAAAUUAGCCAUGAACUUGCUCCUGAAGCGACCCGUCAAAGAGGCCGUUUUCGCAGCCUUGUCCCCCCCGGACUGGAGACGCUACCUGAGCUCCGUCAGUCGCUUGGCCUGGAACAAGGCAGUCGCCUUGAGACUUGGUGGUGAGAUGCCGCUGCGACCCGUACCAGGGGACCUUGUUUGGGAUGAGAGAGCGGGUGAAGGAAGGCCAGUCAGCGCCAAGGAGGCAGACGAGGAUCGUUGGCACUUGAAGGACGUGGUGCUGCCUUUGCCUCGUCCAGGGUCACCGGUGCCUGAAAGUGGUGGACGCUUGGCCAUGGAGGCCGUGCUGCGGGACUUCGUUCCGACGGAAGAUUCCACUGAGCUUCCGGAGCUGAAGGAGUUCAUCCCAUCCGUGCGCCACAUUCUCAGUGUUCCAGCAGAUCUCACCUGGGAUGUCGACGAAGGUAUGGUCGAUUGUGACUUGGUACGCUUGGGCCUGGCAGAAAUGCCACGAGGCCGCGCGAUCCGAGCAGAGACUGUGGCCCUGCGGCUUCGAGCCACACUCAGGAGGACAGAGAGUGCCGAAGCAUUACUGAGAGAGGUCUUGAAGGCCAACCCUUCAGACUUCCAAGAAGGCCUCGAUCGCGAAGACGAAGUCUUUUGA